UCUUUUACAACAUGUUUGGAUGCGAGGCUCUUAUUCGCCGAAGCUGAUGUUUCAGAGAAACUCCCUUCUCUCUCAAAUACAAUCAGCGUUUGCGUCCUGCUGAGUCAUAAAGGAAGAGUGCAAGAGCCCUGGCUGACAAUUCACUCCACUGGCCAGGCCUCGGAAUCACGGAGCUGUACCUCUACUAGAUGGAAUAACAUACAGACAUGUUCAGCUUUGAAGGGGAUUUCAAAACGCGGCCCAAGGUAUCUCUUGGUGGAGCAAGCAGGAAGGAAGAAAAAGCUUCACUGCUACAUCGAACCCAGGAAGAAAGACGAAAGCGAGAGGAAGAAAGACGACGGCAAAAGAACACAGUUAUUAUUCAGUCCUUCCUAAGGGGAUAUAGGGACAGGAAACAACAACAUAUGAUUCAGCGAAGUGAAUUUGAUGAUUAUGUCUCCUUCGCCCAAGCAGGAGGAAAUUUUUCUAUCAGUGAUGGGCAUAAUUUGACUGUUUUAAUAAGAAAACUCCUAUUUUUUUACAAACAAAAUGAAGAUUUGGAUAGAUUGACAUGGAUGUGUCAAAAUUUGGUGAAGCAUAGUGCUCAAUAUGUGCAGCAGUUAGCUGAUUGUAACAAAGACACAUGUUUGUAUCAAAUAAAAUGUUUAUUGGGUUUGUGUUGCAGGUUACUGAAGAACUGUGACAAUGAAAGUUUGAACGUUACUGUGCCUUUGAGGAUGAUUGAGACCUUUUCCUCAGAAAAAACAUAUAUGCCCAUUGUACAGGAUGCCAAUAUUGUAGCAUCAUUGAUUGAACAAAUAUUGCACUACAUGAUUCAGAAAGGUUACUACAAAUCACUUUACAUGUUAAUUAAUCAUAGGCUUCCAUCAAGUUUAGAAUAUUCUGAUGUUUCACGAAUUUCACAUGUACCGCUUGCAGUUACACUCUUGGAGAAUUUCCUGAAGCCAUUGCACUUUCAAUAUGCCUCCUGCCCAGAAGGUUCAAGGCAUCAGGUUUUUGCUGCGUUGGCAAAAGAGUUUUUCACUGCACCCUUCACAGACCAGAUCUACAACUUCCUUGUUCCAGCACUGUCUGCAAGAGCUUCCUUUCCGUAUGUGUCUUUUUUGAGUGCACUGUUAAUACCAAACAUGACCUCGUCAAUAGGACUCACUUUUACCAGGGAUAUGGCACCUUGGCUUCUGUACUUUGUUCUUGCUGUUGGAGAAUCGCAAAUAGGGAUUCUGUCUGAGGAUGGAAUGCUUGUGUACUUAAGGAUGGUGCAGAUUCUUUUACCACAGUUACCUGUUUCAUUGACUGGUUCAAAUAGCAGAGAAAUUGGCAGUGACUCUGAAAAUGAAGAGGAGGAGGAGCGUAAAAUGAUAACCAAUAACGACGAUGGUAGAAUUUCAAUAAGUUUAAUUACUGCAGAGUGUCUCAAGAAGUUGGACACUAAACAGCAGACUAAUGCCCUGCUCAAUCUGGUAUGGAAGGAAUCUGUGAGUGAAGAUGUUUUCACAAUGAUGGCGUCUAUUUGUCAUACCCUGAUGGUACAGCACAGAAUGAUGGUUCCAAAAAUCAGACUUCUGUAUAGUUUGGCUUUCAAUGCAAGAUUCAUGCGACAUCUUUGGAAUUUGAUCACCUCUGUAACAACAAAAAUGAUCACAGGGUCGAUGGUAUCAUUACUUCAACUGAUCUCUCGAGGAUCUCCAAUGUCACUUGAGGACUCACAUCGGAUUAUACCUCUCUUUUACCUCUUCAGUUCCCUCUUCAGCCAUUCCCUUAUUUCGGUACAUGACAACGAAUUCUUUGGAGAGCAGACUCAAGGAGGUGUGGGUCAGCAGCCACCAACAAUGAUGCCAUUCACUUUAAAAGAGUUAGUGACAUUAUCCCAUUGCCUUCGGGAUGCUUGCCUUGGAAUAAUUCACCUGGCAUAUCCAGAAACCAAACCAGAGGUUCGGGAGGAGUACAUGGUGGCAUUUAAGAGCAUUGGUGUGCGGACCAAUACUGAAAUGCAACAACGAAUUGAAGCGGAGCGAAAAAGAUGGAUUCAGCUUUUUAAGGUGAUCUCUAAUUUAGUGAAAAUGCUAAAGUCAAGGGACACAAGAAGGCAAUUCUGUCCUCCUGAUCACUGGCUUUCUGAUCAAGUUAAUAUCCGAGCAGAUAAGGUCACACAGCUCUAUGUGCCCUCAGCUAGGCAUGUCUGGAGGAUGCGCCGAAUGGGAAGGAUAGGGCCGUUGCAAUCUACAUUAGAUGUUGGGCAGGAGCCAGCUCAAUUAUCAGUAUCUGAAGAACGUCAUCUUGCCAUUUUAACAGAACUACCUUUUGUUGUUCCGUUUGAAGAACGAGUUAAGAUCUUUCAAAGAUUGAUCUUUGCCGACAAACAAGAUGUGCAAGGAGAGGGGCCGUUUUUAGAUGGAAUUAAUGUGACAAUUCGACGCAAUUAUAUCUAUGAAGACGCAUAUGACAAGCUGUCACCAGAAAAUGAAUCUGACCUGAGGAAACGAAUACGUGUUCACCUAUUAAACGCACAUGGUUUAGAUGAAGCUGGGAUUGAUGGUGGAGGAAUAUUCAGAGAAUUUCUGAAUGAACUACUCAAGACAGGGUUUAACCCAAACCAGGGGUUUUUUAAAACAACAAACGAAGGGCUUCUGUAUCCAAAUCCUGCAGCAAAAAUGUUGGUUGGCGACCUUUUCACCAGGCAUUACUACUUUCUAGGAAGAAUGUUGGGAAAGGCCCUCUAUGAAAACAUGUUGGUUGAACUUCCUUUCGCCAGUUUCUUUCUGUCCAAGCUGUUGGGCACGAGUGCAGAUGUUGACAUUCAUCACCUUGCAUCAUUGGAUCCUGAAAUGUACAAAAACCUGCUCUUCUUGAAGAGCUACGAAGGGGAUGUGGAGGAACUUGGACUCAAUUUUACAGUGGUGAACAAUGAGCUUGGAGAGGCACAGGUGGUUGAACUGAAGCUGGGUGGAAAGGAUAUUCCUGUAACUAGUGCCAACAGAAUAGCUUACAUCCAUCUUGUUGCGGACUACAGGCUCAACAAACAGAUCCGACCACACUGUCUUGCGUUCCGACAGGGGGUUGCUAAUGUUGUGAACCUAGAAUGGCUGAGGAUGUUUGACCAGCAAGAGCUUCAGGUUUUAAUAUCUGGAGCACAAAUACCAAUAGAUCUGGAGGAUCUGAAAAACUUCACAAAUUAUUCAGGUGGUUAUUCAGCAGACCAUGCAGUCAUUAAAAUAUUCUGGAUUGUGGUGGAGAGUUUCACGAAUGAUGAAAAGCGCAAGUUGCUGAAGUUUGUCACCAGUUGCUCUCGACCCCCUCUGCUGGGAUUUAAGGAGCUGUACCCAGCGUUUUGUAUACACAAUGGAGGAACUGACCUGGAGCGAUUACCCACAGCCAGUACUUGCAUGAACCUUCUGAAACUUCCAGAAUUUUAUGAUGAAAAUCUUAUGAGGAGUAAAUUACUUUAUGCAAUCGAAUCAGCAGCAGGCUUUGAGCUAAGCUGAAGUAAAAAUGGGACUGCUGACAGCUGUGAGAAUGAUGGAUAGUACAUAAUAUGUGUACCAACAAUCAAAGUUCUCAAAAUGGACUUAUACUGAAAUUGUGUAGAAUGAAAAAGAAGCUUUAAUGAAGUGCACUGCAAAGUUGAGGCCCCUUUAAAUUAUCAUAUGUUUGUAGCUCAGAUGGAGAAAAUGAUUAAUUGGGUACAAGUUGGGAGAUUUUACUGCUAAAAGUGGAGACUACACAUUGGACAAGAGGCCAUUUGGUUGUGAUGAUCAAUUCAUCACUAUACAUUAACAGAAAAAUAAGCCUGUGUUAUCUGACAUUAACCAAAGAUUCAGCAAAUGUAAUGUGUUGGUCAAAACAGGCAAUAAAGCAAGCCAUAAUAAUGGAAGGUAGUUGCAUUUGAAAUAGGCUUUACUUGUCAGAAGCCUAUCUUUAUAAGGCAAAAUGUGGCUUUUUUUAAACUUCAUACUGGUUUCUUGCAUUUAACAUCAUGGUUAGGUGGAAGCACAUAGACCAUGUAAUACUGCUGCAUUUUAUGUUUCUUUUAAAAAGUUGCACAUUUCUUAAAUCUUUGUUUUAAAUCACAAUUAUGUCCCAGCAUGGAACUCAGUAAAACAUAGUUGCAAUUUAAAGCCUAGAUUAAAAUUGUAUGGUGUGACAUUAUGUGCUAAUGAUUAUAUGGCCCUUCUGCAUAACUGUGGUGUGAAAUCUGAAUAAGAAGCAUUGAGUGAAUGAGAUAUUAUGUGGACAAGAGAUUACUUUUCUUGAUCACGAUAGGUUUCAGCUUGCUCAUAAAAAUUGCUCCAUUAGGCCAUAGUAAGCAUUUUUGAGACCAGGAUUUAGUCAGCAGUUUCUGUAAACAGAUGUUAAUACGUAUAUGUUUUCUCUGCAUUGUGAAUACUAUGUUUUUGUUCUGUAUCUGUACAGUUUUUCCUUGUGCAUUAAUCUUCUGUGGUGUCAGAAUGGUCCUUACCUGUUAAAUGAGUUAAGUUUAACAGCUAUUAAACAAAACUUGAAUAAUGUAA